UCCUGGCUGGUCCUCCCUGAACAGGGACCUAUAAUGGACUACCAGAACUCGACCAAUACUUCCUAUUUCUUAUACAUACUCCAUGAUACCAAGAAUGCCAUCUCCAGAGUCACGGUGACGAGCAAGUUUACAGUCAGCAUACUGGAGACUGCCUGCGUGUACUUUGGAGAAGAGUCACAGCAAUGGCAAAGUGAUGGGUGCAAGGUGGGUCCACUGUCGAAUACCACCCACAUCCACUGCCAAUGUGACCACCUGACCAAGUUUGCCGGAUUUGUCCCCCCAAACCCGCUGAGAUUUGACAAAGUGUUCAGCGCCAGUAUUGCUGACAACCCCGUUGGGCUCAUUGCCGUUCUCGCCGUGUUUGGACUGUUUGUCACAGGCUGCCUAUUGGCGAGGAAGGCCGAUAGAGCAGACCUGCAGAAGGUUGGUGUGACCAUACCGGCUGGUCUGCAACUGAACUCUGACACAAACAAACAUUACGUCAUAACGAUCUACACGGGGUACAGGGCAGGCGCUGGAACUACUGCACAGGUUUCCAUCGUCCUGUUCGGUUUUCUGGAUGAGAGCGAGCCCCUACACCUGUGUGACGACAGGCGGGUUCUGUUUGAGAGCGGCAGCGAGGAUUCGUUCCUGGUGUCCACAGACAGACGCCUGGGCCCGCUGACACACGUCCACAUCUGGCACAACAACGCUGGCUUCAGCCCUGGAUGGUUCCUUAGCCGGAUCGUGGUGAAGCACGUGCGUUCAGGUCGCCAAGAAUACUUCAUUUGCAACAAGUGGCUAGCACUCGAAGAGGACGACGGCAGAAUCAACCGCAUGAUUUUUGUCGCAAGCCCAGAAGAGAUGGCCAGCCUAUCAAACCUGAUAAUAGACAGGGUGUCAAAAGAUGCCAAUGAUGGACACCUUUACUACUCUAUGAUCGGCCGCCCCGCCCGGAGCAGCUUCACCCGUGUGCAGCGCCUGACGUGCUGCAUGUGCACGGUGUACUGCGCCAUGGUCACCAACAUCAUGUUCUUCGGGCAGGGAGACAAGUUCGACCCGCCUGAACCUGUCAGGUUCAUGGGUGUGGAGUUCCAACUUCCGAUCAGCCUACCUGAGAUAAUGAUCGGCGUUCAAAGCGCCGCAAUGAUCCUACCGGUGACGUCAGCCAUCGUGUUCCUGUACAGGAACGCGUCACCUCGGCCGCCGAAGGCCUCACCAAAAGCACUGACAGAGCCACACGUGGUUUAUCGUGGUGGAAGGACCAGCACCACUGUGAGCCAUCAGGCAACAGACAUCACACCUGACGACCGACCACCCGUCAGCACGCCGUCCGACCCCGUGAGAGCAGGUGCAGUCGCCCUGCCGUCCGGCCUGACCGAGCGGCGCCAUGCCGUCCGCCACCUCCGCCAAACUCCCAGUGAGACGGAGCCGGGAGCGAUCGAACUCGUGAUCCCGGAGGGGUCUUCUGGCUCUUCUAAAACAGAUGCUUACAAAGAACCAAAGAAUGGAUUCAAACUCCCGUGGUGGGCGUCGAGGAUAGCCGGAGCUCUAGCGUGGUCUGCGAGCUUUGUGGCAGCGUUCUUCAUCGUGCUGUACUCCCUGUCGUUCGGCCGCGCCAAGGCAGAGGCCUGGCUCGUCACGUUCAUGACGUCAUUCACCACUGACCUGUUCCUACUGCAACCGGUCAAGCUGAUGGCGGCUGCUGUCGGCGUGGUGCUGGUACUUCGGAAACCCAUGAAUGACGACGACCUGCCCCCUGCUGCCACCACAGAUGAUGAAGAGUACCUUGACACUGUGCCUCAACAAAUACCCUCAGAGAGGAAGGGAACAGAGUUGCCAGGCGACGACGUCCUUGCCGAGGACCGGGCCCGCCGUCUGCGGAAGAAGAAGGUCCGCGGCGCCCUGAAGGAGACUCUGCUGUACGGCAUGUUCGUGUGCGUCCUCCUGCUGACGUCCUAUGGCGAGCGGAGCAGUCUGGCGUACCACAUGAACCAGGCUGUCCGCGGGUUUGUUGUGGACGGAUCUGGAGGCACUGCAUUCUCUGAGAUUUCCAACGUGACUUCAUUUUGGCAGUGGGUGGACACCACUCUGAUCCCUGCUACCCACUCCCCGCCGUGGUACAACCGUCAGGCUAGCAACCACAGCCUGCACCUUCCCGAUCACAUGACACAUGUCAUCGCUCCCCUGCGAUUCAGACAAGUUCGCACCAGACAAGAACAACAGUGCACCAUUCCGGAUACCAUGUUGAGUGUAUCAGCCCGUUGCCUCGACGGUUUCUCCGUACUAAACGCUGAUACUUCCAACUACAACGGCAGCUGGGAUGCGCCAGCCAAGUCAAACCGUACCUUCCCUGACGACACUACCGCACAAUCCCCGUGGCACUAUGCUUACGGCAACAUUGCGGAUGGGUUCGCACGUGUUGGAAAACAUGGCACCUACGACACAGGUGGCUAUGUAGCGACCCUCAACUGGACACUCGACCGGAGCAUCGAGAUAUCUACCGACCUACAAACCAAGAACUGGCUAGACGUCAAGACCCGAGCGGUCUUCCUGGAGAUGACACUGUACAACCCCCAUGCCAACUUGUUCUCUGCGGUUGUCAUGGUAACGGAGUUUAGCAUCACCGGAGUCGUCUCCACGGCAACGGAGAUGACGACCUUCAGGCUGCAUCAUGGGGACCAGGUGACCCUACUCGUCCUGCGAGUAGCCAUGGCCUUGUUCGUGCUCUAUUAUCUCAUCAAAGCAGUGAUGAACUUCAGCACACGGCCGCUAGAGUACCUCACCGAGGCGUGGAGCUGGUUGGAGAUCUUCAUCAUCUUCAGCGCCAGCACAACACUCGGUCUGUACUUCCGGGCUCAAGGCGUGAUGGACGACAUUACCGGACACGGAGACCACGUGUUUGAGAGCUACCACCAGGCAGCCACGUGGUAUCAGAUGUACACUUAUUUACUGAGCUUUCUGAUUUGUUGUUCCUUCAUCAAGCUCAUCCGCUUGCUGAGGUUCAACAAUCACGUCAAUGCCUUGAUGUAUACCAUGACGAAAACGGCAAAGCCUUUGUUUAAUUUCCUUAUCAUGGCGAGCAUCAUCCUCACGGCGUUCGCUCUGGCUGCUAACCUUACCCUGGGUCUCAAUCUGAAGGAGUACAGCACACUCCUGGCUACUUAUGAGAACCUGUUUAGCAUGAUGUUGGGGAGUUUUUCCUUGCAAAGCUAG